UCCCAUUACUUCGACCUCUGCCACCGCCGGUGCCUCCGCCACCUCACGGGAAGAGAGGAAGCAGGAGAGGAGCCCACGUCACCUGUCACCCAAUAUCUCCAGUCGCGUGGUCCCGAAGAGUGUAAGAUGUUCGCCUGCGCCAAGCUCGCCUGCACUCCCGCUCUGAUCCGAGCUGGAUCCAGAGUUGCAUACAGACCAAUUUCUGCAUCAGUGUUAUCUCGACCAGAGGCUAGGACUGGAGAGGGCUCUACGGUAUUUAAUGGGGCCCAGAAUGGUGUGUCUCAGCUAAUCCAAAGGGAGUUUCAGACCAGUGUAAUCAGCAGAGACAUUGAUACUGCUGCCGAAUUUACUGGUGCAGGUGCUGCAACAGUAGGAGUGGCUGGUUCUGGUGCUGGUAUUGGAACAGUCUUUGGCAGCCUCAUCAUUGGUUGUGCCAGAAACCCUUCACUGAAGCAGCAGCUGUUCUCAUAUGCUAUCCUGGGAUUUGCCUUGUCUGAAGCUAUGGGUCUCUUUUGUUUGAUGGUUGCUUUCUUGAUUGUGUUUGCCAUGUAACAAAUUACUGCUUGACAUGUUGGCAUUCUUAUUAAUUACAGAUGUAAUUCUGUGUAUCUUACUGUGACUCCGAAAACUGUAGUAUUGGUGUCAUGGAAAUGUACGUUAUUUCCAAAGUCAUUUCACUGAAGAUGAAAACUUUAA